AUGAGGCCUGAGAACCAAAGCAGCGUGUCCCAGUUCCUCCUCCUGGGGCUCCCCAUCCCGCCAGGGCAGCAGGGCGUGUUCUUCACCCUGUUCCUGGGCGUGUAUGUGACCACGGUGCUGGGCAACCUGCUCAUCAUCCUGCUCAUCAGGCUGGAUUCACGCCUUCACACGCCCAUGUACUUCUUCCUCAGCCACUUGGCCUUCUCUGACAUUUCUCUUUCCUCUGUUAUUGUCCCAAAGAUGCUCAUGAACAUGCAGACUCUGCAACAAUCCAUCUCCUAUAUGGGGUGCAUUUCUCAGUUGUAUUUUUACAUACUUUUUGUUGGUCUUGACAAUUAUCUCCUGGCUGUGAUGGCAUAUGACAGGUACGUGGCCAUCUGUUAGCCUCUACACUACACCACCAUUAUGAGGGAGGGGCUGUGUGUGCUGCUGGUGGUUGGCUCCUGGAUUCUCUCCUGUCUCCAUGAUUUGUUGCACACUCUCUUAUUGGUCCGACUGUCCUUUGGUGCCAAUAAUAUCAUCUCCCACUUCUUGUGUGAUUUGGCUGCUCUCCUGAAGCUGAGCUGCUCAGACAUCUCCCUCAAUGAGCUGGUCAUCUUGACUGAGGGAGGAAUGAUUUUCUUCCUGCCUUUUGGUAUAACUUUGAGCUCUUAUAUCCGUAUAGGGACCAUCAUCCUGAGGGUGCCCUCCACUAAGAGACUCUAUAAAGCCUUUUCUACCUGUGGCUCCCAUCUCUCUGUGGUGUUUUUAUACUAUGGGACAGCUGCAAGUGUUUAUUUUUCCUCCUCAUCAUGGGGUUCUAAAGACAUAAUUGCUUCAGUCAUGUAUACAGUAGUUACCCCCAUGCUGAACCCCUUCAUCUACAGCCUGAGGAACAGAGAUAUCAAACAGGCCUUAGAGAUGUGUGUCAAUAGGGUUAAGUUCUUUAACUGGUAA